AUGCCUGUUGUCUUCGUUGACACCGAGGACAGAGUGGAAGAGACCCCCUCAGCCGCCGAGACAAAUGACGAUGAAGUAUGGCUCGAUGACGGCUCGGUCACCCUCGUCGCUCAAGGCAUAGGUUUUCGAGUAUACAAGGGUAUCUUGGCCAAACAAUCUUCGGUCCUAACCGAUCUCUUUGGGAAGGCACAAGAAGGUCGCACAGGACAAGAGGACCUCGUCGUCCAUUUACCCGAUUCUUCCCGUGACUGGCGCCACGUACUGCGGGUCUGUAUGUCUCAUAACGUAACCCUAAGAUUGCGCGACGCUACCCCUAUGCAGACUCCGUCCGCCGAAGAGGUCUUCGCAUACGUGCGCCUCGGCCGCAAGUACAAGAUCGAAGCAAUCUACGAGCAAGCGAUGGAGUACCUCAAGUCAUACUUCAACCCAGACUACAACCACUUCUACCAGCAAGACAUCUGGACACCCCCGCGCUUCCGCUACGUCGACGCGAUCGGCGUCGUGAACAUCGCGCGCCUGACCUCCGACGAGCCCCUCCGCCUCAUGGCCCUCCUCGUCUGCUGCCUCACCGACUCCACCGAGCUCCUCACCGGCAUCGCGUACAGCGACGGCGAGGUCGAGACGCUCUCCCCCGAGGACCUCGCGCUCUGCUGGGUCGCGCGCCCGAAGCUGUCCACCGCGCGCCUCCGGUCGAUCCUCCGCAUCGUCACGCCCCUCCUGGCCUCCCCAUGCGCGAGCCGGAAGGAGGGCUUCGGGUGCCGCGACGCGGCGCAGUGCAUCAUGGGGGAGCUGCACACGAACGCGACGUUCCUCGAGCCGGGGAACCCGUUCAUGGGCUUCAACGGGAGCGAGAUCGAGGAGUUGCUUGUGACCUUGUGCGAGCGGUGCCGGGCGUCGACGGCGGCGCGCCACUCGAAGCAGCACCGCGCGGCGUGGAACGAUUUGCCGGCGUUGAUGGGGAUGCCGUGUCCGGAGUGGAAGAUGGUCGAUAUCGAUGGGUGA